AUGGGAUACGACCCUAUCGGGUUUUGGAAUGCCACCAGUGACGAAGGCGCAUCAGCGCGUGCAUACGCAAUCAGCGAUAUCGGAUCGGAAGCGGCCAAGUCUAGCAAGGAAAGGAACAAGACCCCGUACAGGAAUAACAACACCCCACGUCGAUCAAGGUCGACAACCAACCUGGCGCGUAGCCUGAAGAGUUUCCGCGCUACGCCACCCCCAACCAUCCUGCGUUCCACCAAGACAGAACCAACCCAAGCCAAGCUUCCCUUCAAGUCCACCAGAGGAGUGUUACCAGCCCCACCGACGGGUACACAAGGAUCAGCAGCUCGACAUAGCCCUGGGAGGAGCUCUGCCGACAGAAACGAAGGAUCAUAUCUUCUUGAAGAGAAGCCUCAACCUCCUCCCCAUGCCUCCUCUGGAGGCACCUCAGAUCGCAAUGCGAAUCGUGAUCUGCCCGAUGAGAAACCUAAGGUGAAAACCGAGGGAACCUCAUCAACAACCGCUCCGCCAACGCAGAAGACCCCGAAGAACAAGAAUUCGUACGCGUCGCGGAAGAAGCUCAAGGCCCCAGCUGAUUCAGACCCCGAUAGCCUCGUUGGAGCUCUCGAGAAGCCGAGAGUGUUGGUCGGCGAGUCGCACACUCAGAUCAAGACAGAGCCCAAAAUCGCUGCUGGUCUGCUACGACCCCCUAAGUCGGGGGUCACGGGACCGGAUCGUCCCCAACAAUCACGCUAUGCCUCCGCGGCUUUAAGUGCAUAUUCGGGAGAGUACCGUCGGGUGCUGAGCGGGAUGCAGCUGGGAACCGUCGGGUGCCGCCGCUGCUGCAGGCUUUGA